AUGGCCGAUGAUCUGCUGGCUUCCAACUUGUUCUCUUUGAAAGGCAAAGUUGCAUUGAUUACAGGCGGUGGAAGAGGAAUCGGUAAAGUAAUAGCCAAGGCGUUCGUACGGAAUGGGGCUCGAGUUUAUAUUGCUUCUAGAAAAAAAGAAAUUCUCGAUAUGGCUGCUGCCGAGUUAAAUGCAUUGGGUCCGGGAGACUGUUUUGGAAUUAAAGCGGAUCUCAACUCUAAGGAAGCUUGUGAGAGACUUGCGACUGAAAUUGGGGAUCGCGAAAAAGGAAAACUUGAUAUUCUAGUAAAUAAUUCUGGGACAGUUUUUGAUGGAACAUUAUUCGAUUUUCCUGAAGAAUGGUGGGAAAAUAUUUACAAUUUGAAUGUUAAAAGUGUAUUUUAUCUGACGAUCGCAUGUUUUCCAUUGCUAGAAAAGGCCAGUCAUAAACCAGACGAUCCAUCAAGAGUGAUCAUCAUUGGAAGCAUUUCGGGUAUAGGUGAAGGUGAUCUCAGAGGGAUAGUUGAAGCUAAACGAGUUACCUCUGUACCUUAUAAUACUUCUAAAGCUGCAGUCCACAGUAUUGCAAAAAAUCUUGCAGUUCAUUUUACUCCACGCGGUGUUAAUGUUAAUGUGAUCGCACCCGGAGUGAUUUUCACCAAUAUGACCUCUGAUAAAGACAUUCAAGCUUGUAUUUCGGAAGUUCCACAAGGUCGUUUGGGUGUUGAAUCUGAUAUUGCAGGAUCAGCCUUGUUCCUAGCUUCACAUGCUGGUAGUUGGGUAUCUGGUAUUAUUAUACCAGUGGAUGGUGGGACAUUGUUAAGAAACAAAGAGCUUGGGAUGAAAAUGGCAAAACUGUGA